AAAACUACUAAUAUACGUAUUUCGAACAGCUUCCAGAGCAAAGGUAGGGGGGGGAACGCUGUUUUCGAGUUACUAGGUAUAAUGCAAUUGACGUUGGAGGCGUGAAAAGAUUUAGAAUUUUAGAAACUACCCUUAAAUAUGUUAACAAACCAGAUUACUAAAACAUCAACGUAGUGAAACGUACGAAAGAAUACGAACACGAUCUUUCUGCGUACAUCUCUGCCCGAAAGUCCAUUAUCUGCUUAAAAUAAUGGCGUUCAUAACAAGAAGUUUGGGACAUUUGCAUAAAAUAUAUUACGGGAGGACAGAAACGCUAUACUCUAAACUUCUUCAGCCAAUUAUUCGAAUACCUGUUUGUCAAACAGGGCAAUUGUAUAAUUACAACACAAAAGCACACCGACCAAAAAUAACAAAUAGUUUAACAAAUAUACAAUUAGCUCGUACUGUUCAAUCCUUAGCGCAGAAUGCUUUUGAUAAUAAAAAUGUAGAAGAAUCAAAAGAAGAUGCAGAGGAAAAGAAAAAACGUGCAGAGUCCAUUAGAAUGCUUAAAUAUUCUUUCGCAUUUCUUGGAGUAACUCUUACUUUUGGAUUGUCUUACACUAUUUAUGAUUUGACAAAAGUAAAAUACGAUGAACAGGGAAAUAUAAUUGAAGAUGAAUAUUCUAAUUUGCCACUCUUUGAAAGAAUAUAUAAAAGACUCAAAAGAGAAUAUACUUAUUACACAAAGAUGGUUCAAGAGCCUAGCAGGGAAAAGCUGCUUCCAGAUCCUCUUAAAUAUCCUUACAUUCAACCCCCUUAUACUUUAAUAUUGGAAAUGAGCGAUUUUCUUGUACACCCUGACUGGACGUAUGAAACUGGCUGGAGGUUUAAAAAGAGACCUGGGGUAGACCAAUUUUUAGAGGCUGUUGCGCCACCACAAUUUGAAAUUGUAGUAUAUACUGCUGAUCAUGGUAUGACUGUCUUUCCAAUUUUGGACAUUUUGGAUCCUAAUGGAUAUAUCAUGUAUAGAUUAGUGAGAGAUUCAACACGUUUCAUAGAUGGGCACCAUGUUAAAGAUCUAGAUGCUCUUAAUCGUGAUCUCAGUAAGGUUAUAGUAGUUGAUUGGGAUCCAAACAGAACAAAAUUACAUCCUGAAAACACAUUAAAGCUACCACAAUGGACAGGUAAUGACGAUGAUACAACAUUGUAUGACUUAGCUGCAUUCCUCAAAACUAUUUUAGCUACAAAUGUAGAAGAUGUACGGGAUGUCCUGAAUUAUUAUAGGCAAUUUGAUGAUCCACUACAAGUUUUUAGAGAAAAUCAGAGGAAGUUAGCUACGCAAAUGGAAGAGGAAGAAAAAGCGCAGCUGGAAAGUAAUAAAGUACUUACUUCAAAAUGGAAAUCAACUUUCCUUCAAAAUCGUUAAAUCCAAAUAGAAAAUAGAAAAUUGUAAAAUGUACAAAUAUUAUGAACUUUCAUUAACAUAUUCAUUUAUCUUACCAAUGCACAUUAUUUGUAAUUAUUGUACAAUGUUUUCUAUAAAUAAAUAAACAAGUCAUCUGUACACU